UGGUGGGGACCCUGCGCCGUGUGUUUUAUUGAAUUGACUUUGUACAUGUUAUGGCUGUCACGUCACGUCACGAUGUCACGAACUUGUUUUGUUUCGAUAUCGGGGUACCAAGUCAGGGAAAUAUUGGCGUCGGACAUCAGUCAUGGUUUGUAAUAAGGCGUGGCAUUCUGUCAAAUAA